AUGCAGGCAGCAGCUGUGCCGCCCGCCCCGCCACCGCGCCGCCGCGUGUACACGGCCGUCGACCCGCGGUGCGAGUGGGCAAGCACCGAGGACGCCGACACCCUCGUCGUCGACGUGUCAGGGUUCAGGAAGGAGGAGAUGAAGGUCCUGUACAGCACCAACCAGAAGCUGAAGGUCACCGGCGAGCGCCAGGUCGACGGUGCGCAAUGGGCGCGCUUCCUCAAGGUGUUCCCGGUACCGAGGAGCUGCGACGCCGGCGCCAUUCGGGCCAAUAUGGACACUGAAAACACCCUGCUCUAUGUCAUUCUGCCCAAGGGACCACCGCCGUCGUCUAAGCAGAAAGAGCAUCAGCCCGGUAUCUCUGAGAAGAUACCGGGCAGUGCUGAUGGCUCGUCUAAGCAGAAAGAGCAUCAGCCUGGGAGCUCUAAGUCUCUGAGAGGACAGCAGAAGAUACCGGGCAGUGCUGAUGGCUCAUCAGGCAGCAGCAGCGGCAGCCUAUGGAGCGCCCAAGAAGAUGCAGGGAAAGACAAGGUUGAAGAGAAGGAACAGAGAGAUCAGGGGAUGGAGGAACAGGGACAAGAGGCGGCAAUGGCCACACAAGAUUUGCCAAGAAGCGAUGGUGAUGAAAAUGCUGUCGAGAGAGAUGAUGGUGAGGGCAAGAGAUGGUGGAGGAAAAUCAGAGUUCUCCACGUUCUUGGCUUUGCUCUCGUCCUUGCGUUGGUGGGUGCUGGUGCCACUGUCCUGUAUGUAAUGUUGCUGUGAAGCAUGUUUAAAAGUUAAAAGUUGUGUGUGUAAAUGUAUAUCCUGUGCAUAACAAUUAACAGUUAUCAACUGGGUGUUUACAACGACUGUCAAAGGACA